AUGAAGGCGGAAGAUCGAAACGAACUUCUUCGGACGAACAAGGAUGUGGUGCUCGCGACACUGCAGGCAUUUUCGCAGCUGGAGAAAGUGCUGACGCUGGAUCAGAUUCAGCAUUGCAUCAAGCUGAAGUACGGGAAGGAAUGUGACCUUCGCUUGGCUCACAGUCAAGCAGGAGCUUCCGAUGAUCCACCAAAAGCUCGACCGUCACUGAUGAUGUGGCCGACGGAGGAAGCCGCGACUGCGCCGAUGGAGGAGUAUCACGGCCUCUCUGCAGUGGGGGCUGACGGACUGUUGUCUGCGAUCCCGGGGAGAAUCUCCAGUGGCACGGAUCCAGAUGCAGAUGUCGGCGAGAGUGGUAUGGAAUCUGCCGAUGCAGAACCACAGGAGGAGGAUGAGGCCGACGCAGGGGAAGCGGAGGAGAACGAUGCAGAACAAUCCGGGGAGGACGAUGCAGAACAAGCGGAGGAGGACGAUGCAGAACAACACGAGGAGGACGAUGCAGAACAACAAGAGGACGAUGCAGAACAACCGGAGGACGAUGCAGAACAAGCGGAGGAGGACAAGGAUGAGGGCGCAGAUCAGGGACAUGACAUGCCAAAGGAUCAAGAUGCAGCAGCCCAGAAUGAGCACAAAAAGUCCGAAUCGGAGGAGCUCGUGUUUGAGGCCCCUGCCAAGAAGGUCAAGCGUAAUGAGGAUGGGCCGCUUUGGGGUGCCAUGCAGGCGUUCAUUAGGCAUGCCAAGAAGGAGCAUGGGAAAUCAUUCCGGGAAGCCCAAACCCUGUGGAAGCACAGCCUCAUCCGAUC